AUGGCCAAUACCCAUUUCAAAGAACUAUUGUCACCAGUGGAGGCAGCAGCGUGGGACUCUUUUGAAAAGGUCGUUACUUCUUUUUUAGGCAAACACAAAAGUCCUAACUUCGAGCUGAUACUGAACGAUUUAAUCAAAAACUAUGCGGAAAUGGGAGUAAAUAUGUCUUUCAAAAUUCAUUUUCUGCACUCCCAUUUAAAUUUUUUCCCGAAAAAUCUUAGCGACGAAAGCGACGAGCAUGGCGAAAGGUUUCACCAGCAAAUGAAAAUGAUUGAAAGUCGGUAUCAAGGAUUCUGGGAUGUCGCUAUGAUGGGUGACUACUGUUGGUUUCUCAUAAGAGAAACCGAUCCUUAUAUAAAUAAGCGUCAAAACAAGACACAUAACUUUUUCAAUUAUAAAAUAAGAUCAUAG